CCCAUACACAAACUCAAUCUCUCUCUCUCUCUCUCUCUCUCCAGACCUCCGACCUGCAUCAAUGGCGGAGCUCAGCUGUUGAAACCUCCUCCGUAGCUCCUCCCCGUCUUCGGUUUCUCUCUCGGGCUCGGCGGAGCAAGGAGGGGGAGAGAGGGGUAAUGCAGAAGCUGGGGCGGAGGGCGCUGGUGGCGCUCCGCCGCCUCCUGACCGCCGCCAUAUGCGCGAUCGCCCUCCUGGCUCUCCUCUCCGCCCACCUCCGCGCCUUCCCUUUCUCCUGCCUCCCCAGGAUCGCCGACUCCCGCAAGCUCCCAACGCAGUAUGAAAUGAAGUACCAGAGGCAGGGCACCGAGCAGAGCUGGACGCAAGAGCUCGUGCCCCCCCAUUUUUCGAAACCUCCGGCUUCUUCUCGCAAGUUAGAUGGCGCAAACAGGAGUUCACAAUCUGUCAAGCUCUGGAAACCCCCUCCGAAUCGUAAUUUCGUGCCGUGUACAGAACCCGGUCUAGACUAUACACCUCCUGGAGGUUCGCGAGGUUAUCUUCUAGUUAGUACGAAUGGCGGACUUAACCAGAUGCGAGCUGGGAUAUGUGACAUGGUUGCUGUGGCUCGUAUUAUUAGUGCCACUCUAGUGAUUCCGGAACUUGAUAAAAGGUCAUUUUGGCAGGAUACAAGCAACUUCUCUGAUGUUUUUGAUGAAGAUUAUUUCAUUAAUGCUCUGGCUAAUGACGUGAGAGUUAUAAGAAAGCUCCCCGAAGAACUAGCAACAGUGGCAAGGGCAGUGAAGUAUUUCAGAAGCUGGUCUGGUAUGGAUUAUUACCAGAAUGAGAUAGCUAGCAUGUGGGACGAGCACAAAGUUAUUCGAGCUGCCAAAUCUGAUUCUCGUCUGGCAAAUAACAAUCUACCACCUGACAUUCAAAAGCUGCGUUGCCGUGCUUGUUAUGGUGCCCUUCGUUUUGCACCUAAAAUUGAAGCGAUGGGUAAAUUAUUGGUUGAUCGGAUGAGAGCUCAUGGUCCUUACAUCGCUCUUCACUUACGUUAUGAGAAGGACAUGCUUGCUUUUAGCGGAUGCACACAUGACUUAUCUGAAUCCGAAGCAGAUGAGCUCAAGUUGAUCAGAGAGAAUACUUCGCACUGGAAAGUGAAGGAGAUUGAUCCUGUGGAGCAAAGAUCUAGAGGAUAUUGCCCACUUACUCCGAAGGAGGUUGGUAUUUUUCUCGCUGCCCUGGGAUAUCCACCAAACACACCUAUAUACAUUGCUGCUGGGGAGAUAUAUGGAGGUGAUUCUCGUAUGGCUGGUCUGAGAGCCCGCUAUCCCAUGUUAAUGAGAAAGGAGUUUUUGGCUUCGGAGGAGGAACUUCAGCCUUUUAUGAAUCAUGCUUCUCAAAUGGCCGCUCUUGAUUACAUUGUUUCAGUUGAGAGUGAUGUUUUUAUUCCGUCAUACUCUGGAAAUAUGGCAAGGGCAGUUGAAGGUCAUCGACGCUUUCUCGGACAUAAGAAGACCAUUUCUCCUGAUAGGAAAACUCUUGUUCGUCUCUUUGAUAAAAUCGAGCGCGAACCCUUGAAGGGAGGGAAAAAGUUAUCAAACCGAAUCAUUGAACUGCAUAAAAGAAGGCAAGGAUCUCCGAGGAAGAGGAAAGGGCCGAUUGCUGGAACGAAGGGCACGGACAGGUUUCGGUCAGAAGAGCCCUUUUAUGUUAACCCUUUGCCCGAUUGUUUAUGUCAUAGGGAAUCACCAACCUCGAAUACCUCACAAAUCAGUUAACAACAUAGGUUGCAGAAGAACGGCAUUCAAGAAUAGUUCCCUUUCACAGAGGCACACAUGAUUGGUUGCUGUAUUUCGAGCGUAUUGAUAUCGCUGAUGCCUCAAUGGGAGGGACGCGGAGCAUGUAUAUUUGAGGUUAGUAUAUGUCGGCAGGGCAGUUCAUUGGAUGUACAUGGAGAAAACAUUUUGCCGGGUGAGGGGAGCUGGGGAUAGUGAAAAGAAAAGGAGUGCAUAUCAUGGACGAGUUGGUCGAUUUAUUAGUAUAGUAAGUAGGUUAUUUUUUAGGAAAACAGUGUUGACUCGCUGCUUUCAACUGUACGAGAAACAUUUCGGACAUGUAGAUUUUCGAAUCGGAAGGAAAUAGAAGAGUGUGCCAUACUUCCACCCA